AUGAAGAUUCCAACCUCAGCCAUUCUUCUCCCACUCUUUCUUACCACGGCCACAAACGCCUGGGAGCUUACCGUCUGGCUUAACAAUGGCAAGCACGUCACUGCUCACGGCACCCGCAACUCGGGAUGCGUGACAUACGAUUUUGACAUGAACUCACCCGUCAAGCGGGCUAAAUUCAAGGAGAGUACCUUUGCAGAUACUUUCGAAUUGUAUGAGAAGGAGAAGUGUGGAGGCAGGGUUAGCUAUAGGGAGAACGGGGGCGAUUAUCAGAUUGUCCCGCCGAGGAUCAUUAAGAGUUAUAAGGUCUACUAG